UGUCAACUCAUCAUUACUCGGCACUCCCGCUUUCACUUGCCGGUCCAAAACAUUCACUUCCAAGUUGAUUUGGGAAAUUCUACGUCAAAUCGCAUCGCGCCACAGUCCAGGUUCUCACGUACUCGGAAGUGUCUUAUGAGUUUUCACAUUUUCGUCAUUCCUGAAGUUGUCGACGUCAAAUAAAUAAACAUUCGUGCGAUGGCGACCAAGUUGCAUGGCGGCUUCUUCCACUCGACUUUGAGGAAACUCCAAGAGCAAAAUGUCCAGAUUCACCCUCAUAACUUGAUGUAUCCAUUGUUUCUAGUGGAAAAUGACGACGCGGUGCAGCCCAUACCGAGCAUGCCCCGUAUUUCCCGGCUUGGUAUCAACGAAGCGAAGAAACAUUUGGAACCACUUGUUGCUGAUGGCCUGGAGUCGAUCCUUCUGUUUGGAGUUAUCGAGACUCUGCCCAAGGAUUCCAAUGGGUCCUCAGCCGAUUCAAAAGAAAAUCCAGUUAUCCGUGCAUUACCAAAACUGAGAGAGUGGUUUCCAAAUUUGCUAAUAGCGUGUGAUGUUUGCCUAUGUCCUUACACAGACCACGGUCACUGUGGCAUAAUGAAUGAGACUGGCAUUGACAACGAGGCCAGCAUUCGUCGACUAGCUGACAUAUCAAUUUCUUAUGCAUUGGCUGGUGCACAUAUUGUAGCCCCAUCCGAUAUGAUGGACAACCGAAUAGGAGCCAUCAAACAAGCUUUGAUAUCUCAUGGUCUGGAGAAAAAAGUGUCAUUACUUUCUUAUGCUGUGAAAUUCGCAUCGAGUUUCUAUGGUCCUUUUAGAGAUGCAGCGAAAUCGGCACCGUCUUUUGGUGAUCGGCGGUGUUAUCAAUUGCCCUCUGGAUCAAAAGGCCUUGCGGCUAGAGCGGCGCAACGGGACGUGGAGGAAGGUGCUGAUAUGCUCAUGGUGAAACCUGGUUUGCCAUAUUUGGAUAUUGUCCGCCAAACGAAGGAUAUGUUCCCGAAUUUUCCAUUGUUCGUUUAUCAUGUUUCUGGUGAAUAUGCGAUGCUUCAUCACGCGGCAGCCAAUGGUGCAUUAAAUUUCGAAGCAGCUUUGAAGGAAGUCCUAACAUCAAUGAGACGUGCUGGUGCAGAUUGUAUCAUCACCUACUACACUCCCCAGAUUCUGGCAUUGAUUAAAGCGAAAUCAUUGUAACUACCCUUUAAGCACCACUAGCAACUAGUAACAGUGAAAGCAUUCUCGGGGGUUGUAUUUACUCCCGUUUAGUUCUAAAUAAAGUCAUGCUCAUAAACAUA